AUGAAGCUACUCAUUUUAUUUGCCCUUAUCUAUUACGCAUACGGUAGUGAGUCGCCCGGGUUCUUUAUCAAACUUUCCAAAAGUGUGCCUCGCAUUGGAAGGCGUGGCGAUUUGGAGAACUUUUUUCUCAAGCAAUCAAAAAGUGUGCCAAGAAUAGGCCGGCGAGCUGGAGGAUUUCAUAUGGAGGCAUCAACUCCCGACGAGAAUGGUUCGAGUUGGUUCGAGCGGUAUAUCAAGACGUCGAAACGUCCCACGGCAGGGUCUCUUGUUCCGGACGAUGUGGGCAAAUCGUACAAAAAGAUUCGUCCACUCGAUCUCAACCACAUCAUUGACAUCCUGUCGGACGAUUUGUUCUUCGGGUCCGAUCUAAAGUUUAUCUCCUGGGAAGUACUGGAUGAGGCACUCGAAGAAGAUCCGGAAUUGUUGCAGAAGCUUGGCUCGUUGGCCCGCGAUAAGGAGGUACAGCAGCUGAAGAAGAUGCUCGGUGAGCACGGUGAGGAGUUGGUGCAAUACGUUCCACUCGAUCGGAACGAGAUCAAUGCGGCCAGCAGCCGGGCGUACAUGUAUCGGUUGGAUAGAUCGGAUCCGAACAAAGAACGCAUCGAGUAUCAACAGUAA